AUGGACUUGGACACUGGCGCUUCUAUAUCAGUGAUAUCAGAACAGCAGUACAAGGCCAAGUUAGAGGGAAAAAAAGUGACAUUGCGUCCAAGUACUGCUAUUCUGAAGACUUACUCAGGAGAAAUGUUAGGAGUUCUGGGUGAAGUGAAUGUACAUGUGAAAUAUCAGACACAUAAUAAAUUCUUACCUGUUGUCAUGGUGAAAGGAAAUGGACCAGCAUUUGGUAGGAAUUGGAUGGAAGCUAUAAAACUGGACUGGCAGUCAAUUCAUUUUGUGGCUGGGGAUUUGAAAAAGUAUUCAGUGUUUGAUAACAAACUGGGAUGUAUCAAAAGUGUAACAGCAACCUUGAAUGUCAAGGAGGAUGUGCAACCAAAAUUCUUCAAGCCACGACCAGUGCCAUUUGCUCUGCGUGAUAAGAUAUCUGCUGAGUUAGACCGACUUGAGCGGACAGGCAUCCUAAAGAAAAUUGAGUGUUCGGAUUGGGCAGCGCCAAUAGUCCCAGCAAUGAAAGCUGAUGGAUCUGUACGAAUAUGUGGAGACUUUAAAGUUACUGUAAAUCCAUACCUGGAUAUUCAGGAAUACCAUUUUCCGACAAGUGAGGAGUUGUUCACUAAGCUAAAUGGUGGAGAAAAGUUUUCUAAGUUGGACUUAUAUCAAGCUUAUAACCAAGUAGUUUUGGCGGAAGGGUCUAUGAAGUAUUUGACGAUAAACACACAUCAAGGACUGUACCAAUAUACUCGUUUACCUUUUGGCAUUGCGUCAGCUCCUGCUAUUUUCCAGCGCACCAUGGAUACGAUUCUCCAAGGUCUCGACAAAGUUGGAUACAUACUUGAUGAUAUCUUUGUAACCGGUGCAAAUGACAAUGAACACAAACAUAUCUUGGAAAAUACACUUAAACGAUUAGAUAGUUAUGGUGUGAAGUUGCAGAAGUCCAAGUGUCAGUUCAUGCAGGACCAAGUCGAUUACUUUGCUUUUGUGGUGAGCAAGGAGGGAAUUAAACCUUCACCGAAGAAAGUUGAGGCAAUUAAGAACAUGGAUGAUCCAAAGUCUAAGAAGGAACUACAGAUAUGGUUGGGAAUUGUGAACUAUUAUCGAAAAUUUAUGAUGUAA